CUCUCUCUCUCUCUCUCUCUCAUCUUACUUCUUCAUGUGAAUGUCUGAGCUUCAGUUGCAUGUGCUUUUGCUAUUUGGAUCUCAAAUCGUUCGUUCCUACAGCUUUUACUUAUCUAUCUCUUAGCUGUCACGAAACAUUCUCUUUCACUUCUCUCUCUCUCUCUCUGCUAAAAUAAAUCAGAAACAUAUCAACAACAUUCUUGAACAGAGCCAUACGUUCUUCAGCUCCUGCUGAAUCUUAAAUUUACUCAUCAUUUUUGGAUCUUUAAAAUGGAUCCAAGAACAAGACUUGACUAUGUUCUGUUUCAACUCACCCCCACCAGGACAAGAUGCGAGCUUGUGAUUUUCUCCGGUGGCGAGAACGAGAAACUUGCUUCCGGGAUUUUUCAACCGUUCGUUACGCAUCUCAGAAGUGUAAGAGAUCAGAUUUCUAAAGGUGGAUACUCAGUCACUCUCCGUCCUUCUUCCGUCGCCGGAGCUAAUUGGUUUACCAAAGUGACGCUUCAGAGAUUUGUUCGAUUCGUGACAACUCCGGAGGUUCUUGAGAGGUCUGUGACAUUAGAGAAGGAGAUUGAGCAGAUUGAGGAUUCGAUUCAUUCUAAUGCAGCCGCUAUUUCCGGUGAAGCAGAAGGAGAUUUACCAAAGGCACAAGGUGAAUCUGAUGUUCAAGAAAAUUCUAAGGUUGGUCUCCAGCGUGUUCUUGAAACCCGCAAAGCAGCUUUGUGCAAAGAGCAAGCAAUGGCUUACGCUAGAGCUUUGGUUGUUGGGUUUGAUCUGGACUACAUGGAUGAUCUAUUGUCCUUUGCAGAUGCAUUUGGAGCUUCACGUUUAAGGGAAGCAUGUGUUAACUUUGUGGACUUGUGUAAGAGGAAAAACGAAGAUAGGAUGUGGGUGGACCAAAUCACAGCUAUGCAAGCCUUUCCUAGGCCUGAACUAUCUUUCAUGGGUGACUCUGGGAUCAUACUCGCUGGCGAAGAGAAUGAUACAAACGUGAAGCAGAUGGAUGCAAUGAGCCAGGGUAGCUUUGAGAUUAGCCAAGGUCCUCAGAUGGCAAUGCCUUGGCCAAACCAUUAUCCUCAGUACAUGCAGAACUUCCAGGGACAUGGUUAUCCUCCUUAUAUGUUUCCGGGGAUGCAAGGCCAGCCGCCUUAUUUCCCUGGGAAUAUGCAGUGGCCUGUUAACAUGGAGGCAAGUGAGAAGUCUUCCAAGAAGAAAAAGAAGAAGAAGAACAAGAAGAAGUCCAAGAAAGAUGAAUCCACCGAGGAGCCAAGCGAUGAGUCCAGUGCUGAGACCAUAUCAGAGGACGGAGAUGAAGGGAAGAAAUCAUCUAGAAAAGUGGUUAUACGUAAUAUAAACUAUAUAACUUCAAAGAGAAAUGGAGCUAAAGAUAGUGGUUCAGAUGAGUCUGAAGAUGAGGAAGAAGGGUUUGUGGAUGGAGAUUCCAUCAAGCAGCAAGUAGAAGAAGCCAUUGGCUCGUUAGAGAAAAGGCAUAAAUCAACUUCACGCCGUAGUAGGAGGAAGCACAAAAGUCACAGUGAAGAUGAGGAGGAAACAGGUAAUAAAGAAACUAAAGGGAAUGAUAAUUGGGAUGCCUUCCAAAACCUUCUUUUAAAAGACAAAGAAUCAGACCAGGAAACAGCUCCAUGUCCGUUGAACAUGGAGUCAGAACUUGUGAGCAAGAGAGAGCUUCCUUUGGAUGAUUCGUUCUUAAUUACAAAUGGGACUGAUGAUUGGGGGAGGGAGAGUAGUAUCAAGAAACUUGAUGCAGGUGAGAAUGUUAGGCUGAUAAGGAGGGAGAACAACUAUGACGAUGAGAUGAUGAAUCCAGGUAGAGGAGAUGAGUCAAGAAGCUAUUCACAGGCAGAGAUGGCUGUUUAUAGUGGAAAGCUCAGAGCUAGAAACGAGACAGAGGAAGACUGGUUCAUACGUAACCAAGCAGAUACUGAAAGAGAUGUCAAAACAUUUGUAGGAGAUGAUCUCCACGUAACGAAGAGAAGCGAGAGAGAUGUACUGACUGAUGACUCGUUCAUGAUCCAUUCUCGUGUUGAGAGCCAAGUAGAAGAGUCUCGGUUAAGGACAGAUAUGAUGGACUCAGACGUCUAUGGAACCACCAAACAAGAAAACUCUACACCGGAGAUCAAACAACAAGAGCCUGAUGACCUCUUCAUGGUUCUUGGACGUGAACAAGAUGUUACACCUACAAUGAUGUCCUGGACUCCUGAGAUUGACUUCGAGAAUGACACUUUGGCUCAAGAGAAGAACAAACUCGAUUUGGAAAAUGCUGCAAAGGCCAAAGCAGGUGAACAGACUUCAAAUGGUAAAGAAAAGAAACUCCGUGGCGUCGUUAAGGGGAAGGAUGCAAAGACAAGAGGUUCAACUAGACCUGACCCGGCCUUGAAAGCUAAGAGAGCUCCUUGGGGAAGUAGAGCAGCUGCCACCAAAACCAAAUCCGAGAUGGAGGAAGAGAGAAAAAAGAGAAUGGAAGAACUUUUGAUUCAGAGGCAAAAGAGAAUCGCUGAGAAGAGUUCUGGUAAUAGUAGUAGUGUAUCAAGUCCCGUAACCUCCAAGAAAACUCCUGCUGGAACCAAAACCGUGAAGACCACGGUAAAGAAUGAGAAGACACCAGAAGCUGUGAAGGCUAAGCCGGUACUGAGAAGUUCCACUAUCGAGCGCCUUGCUGUUGCCAGGACAGCACCAAAGGAGCCACAGCAAAAACCAGUAAACAAAAAAACAACAAAACCUGUUGUAGGAAACAAAACAGAGAAGCCUCAAGACAAGAAACCUAGUAGAAAAGGUCCGGGACUUUCUCGUGACCCUAGUCUCGAAAUCAAGGAAACAGUGGAGGAAUCAUCACAGUCUUACUUGCCGGUGAAGCAAGUUGAUGAACUACUUCCUCCUGCCGCUUCUUCUCUUGAUGACUUCAAAGACAUUAAAGAAACCAUCACUAAUCAUCAGAAAGUAGAAGAACAGACAAAAAUAGAUGAUGAGGAGAUAGUGAAGAAGACACCCGUCUGUGAAGACAAGGAAGUCACUAGCAACCCUUGUUCGGAGGAUGUCGGAGAAGUCAAGACUUCACAGCAAAAACCACUGUCUCCCAAGAAGUCAGUGACGUUUUCUGAGACAAACAUGGAGGAGAAGUAUUUCUUCUCGCCAACGGUUUCAGAGACUGAAAUCUCCACGCCGCCAGCUACUGAACAAGAUCACUCGAGGAAGAAAUGGAACAGUGAAGAGACGUCUCCGAAGGCUACAGCCAAAGGCUUCAGAAAGCUUCUUAUGUUUGGGAGGAAAAAAUGAAAGAAUCUAAUAGUUACUACAACGACGUCGUGUUUGAGUUUGGUUGAAAAGCGGGUUAAAUACUUUUCUUUAUAUUCUUUAAAUUGUUUGUUGUGUGAUAUUAAAUUCUGUUGCGGUGUUUAUCAAUUUGAUUUGGCUGUUUAUAUCUCAUUGUUGGAUGUGCUGUUUGUGGCAUUUGAGUGUAUACAAAUCGGUUUGGUGAGUUUGAAUAAAGUAAGUUUAUUUGGAUCUUUUGUAACUAAACUAUUUGCUUGGUGAUCAUUAGGGUAAACAAUA